AUGUAAGAAACAAAAGCGUCUAAAGAAAUUGACGUAACUGAUAGAGCUAAAAAGCUAAUAUCGUCUAAAUUUAGCAGAAUUCAAAAAUCCUACCUAAUAAGACCCAAGAUACAGAUCGAGAAAUUGAUCAGCAAGAUAUUGAAAUGCAAUUUAGUCCAAAGACUUCUUAAAAUAAAACCAUUUUGA